UGCCCCGAAGACGAUAGCUGGAAUAAUGGCGUUGACAACAGGCAUCCUGGCUCUGCUGCUUGCAGCGCAGUGCAUCUUGGUCCCCACUCAUGUUGCUGAUGGCGCAACGGUAUGCCCAGGAGAGCCUACCACACCACCUCCAACCACUCCACCACCAACAUGCCCACCAGGACCUACCACACCACCGCCAGUCACGACCCCACCGCCGAUGACGACCCCACCGCCGGUCACGACCCCACCGCCGGUCACGACCCCACCGCCAGUCACGACCCCACCUCCAGUUACGACCCCACCUCCGGUCACGACCCCACCUCCGGUCACGACCCCACCUCCGGUCACGACCCCACCGCCAGCCACGACCCCACCACCAACAUGUCCCCCAGGACCUACCACAAUGCCCCCAACCACAAUGCCCCCAACCACUAUGCCCCCAACCACAACACCAGCAUGCUAGGAUGCACGGAGAGCAUCUAGCCAGAAUGCGG